GCCCCUGCCAGCCCAGCACACGGGCUAGUGGGUUACAAAUCUACGAGCAGGGAUGUUUGUCUAUCUGCCGUAGCCCACUGCCUCCCUGGUUACUGUCGGACGGGGCUCCCAGAGGCUAACGCAGCCCCAGGGCCAGGGCCCCACGUCAGUGUUCACCCUGGAGGAGAUGGAGGCCCUGCUGCUGCUGGCCCUCUCCAUCCUGACCGGUGCCGGCUGCCAGGACUGGGGGGUGACCCUGCCCGCGGACCCUCUAGCCGGAUGGAGUGGCUCAUGUGUGACGAUCCCUUGCUCUUACACCUACCCCGAGGGGCAGCUCGUCAGAGCCGUGACCUGGAGCCGCAACAACGAGAGAAUUGUGCAGCUCACCGCAGCAGCGGGGCAGGGCUAUGACAAGGCCGAGCGCGCCCAGUUCCUGGGAGACCUGCACCACGACUGCACCCUGCGCCUCAACCCGCUGGCGCUUGGAGAUGGGGGCAGG